AUGGAUUCCAGUCAUUCGCAGCGUGCUGCGCAAGCGUCCGUCUCGGACCCCUUCUUCGAUCUGCUCCAGCCAUCCUCCGCUGCCUCUAAGCCCGCGCAUGCCGCCACCGCGUCGUCCGCGCUCACCAGCGGAUCCCCGCCGUCCAACGACCCCGCGUCGCCGUUCGUCCGCUCCCUCAGUCCUCCCGCCGAGUCGGCUUUCGCAGGCUCCGCGUCUCGCGGUGGCAUGACAAGCUCGUUUCCCGAAUCUGGAAAGCAUGGGAACAACACCGGCGGUGGUGGGACUAGUGGCGGUCUUGUUUCAGGCUUGUCAGAACUUGCUGGUGGUGGUGGUGCUGGUGCUGGUGGCUCGUCCUUCAAUUUCCUCAGCUCCCAGGGCCCAACCCACUCCCAACCUCAGCAUCCCUCACCCCCUCAUCCAUCCUUUUCCACUGGAGACGGGGGCAUGGGCGGCGGCGGAAUGGGGCGUGCUAACCUGGGAGGAGGGGCCAGCAUGGGGGGGGGAGAAGGGGGAGCGGGAGGCGGCGGAGGCGGGGGAGGCGGGGGAGGCGGGGGGGGCGCGGGGAUGCGCGCAGCAGCAGCAGCGCGCGCGCCAGCGACAGCAGGGGACGUGGCGCAGGUGGCAGCGGAGGUGACGUCCGCCAUGGAGCGCCUGCUGCACCGCUUCUCUGAGGGCGUGUCUGCGGCCCUGGGGGACGCGAGCAGCAGGGUGCGGCGCGUGGAGGCGGCAGUGGCGGCACUGCAGGGCGCUGUAGACCGUGCUGCAGGGGAUGACGGGGAGAGGCACGCUGAGCUGGAUGGGAGGCUGCGAUCCGUGGAGAACGUGCUUCUGGAGUGCCUGCUGCACCGCUUCUCCGCGGGCGUGUCUGCGGCCCUGGGGGACGCGAGCAGCAGGGUGAGGCGCGUGGAGGCGGCAGUGGCGGCGUUGCAGGGGGCUGUGGACCGUGCUGCAGGGGAUGACGGGGAGAGGCACGCUGAGCUGGAUGGAAGGCUGCGAUCUGCAGAGAACGUGCUGCUAGAGAAAGUAGCUGCAGUGCAGCGCAAUCUGCAGGUGAUGCGCGACAAGCAGGAGCUCGCAGAGGCGCUGGCGGAGCUCUCCCCCACCUUUCCCUCUUUUCCUGUUUCCCCCCUGCCCACCGCCUCGCCGCGUGCCCCCCACCAGGUGCAGCGCAAUCUGCAGGUGAUGAGGGACAAGCAGGAGCUCGCAGAGGCGCCGGCGGAGCUCUCCCCCUCCUUUUUCCCCUGCCUGCACCCCAAUCCUGCCCGUUCUCCCCCGUACGCCCCCCCUCCUUGCAUGUCAACCCACCAGGUGCAGCGCAAUCUGCAGGUGAUGCGCGACAAGCAGGAGCUCGCAGAGGCACAGGCGGAGCUCUCCAAGCUCAACCUCUGCGCCCCCUCCGCCUUCCCCCAGCCCCUCUCCCGCGCCUCCUGCCCCUGCGCCUGCUCCUCCCCCUCCUCAGGUAUGUAUCGGGUUGCCCAGCCUCCCCCCCCGUCCAUCCCCCCUACUGCCGGUCCCCCUAGUAGUUAUAGACGCUUACCCAUGGCACAACCUGUGAGCGGUGGUGGUGGGGGAGGGAGGGGUGGGAGCGGAGGGGGAGGGGGCGGAGGAGGAGGGGGAGGUGGGGGAGGGGGGGGUGAUACAGCGAGAGUGCCUUUAGAGAAGGUGGUUGAUGACGUGGCAGCUAUGGGAUUCCCAAGGGAUAAGGUGCGCAUGGUGGUGCAGAGGCUUAUGGAGAGAGGCAAGUCGGUUGAUCUGAAUGCUGUGAUAGAUGAGGUGAUGAAUGGAGGAGGGGGAGGAGGAGGAGGGGGAGGGGGGUGGUACGGGCGGUGA